AGGAGGAGGACGAGGUGGUGGAGGCUUUUGGCUCAGUAAUUCGGUGCGACUUCUCCUGGUAGUCGUCGUUCGCGGCUGCGAAAAGUCAAUAAGGCGUUCGUCAACUUCGAUAGUGCAUUAACUAUCGAAGAUAGUAAUUUCGUCAGCGUAUCCGAGUACCGAGCAUUACGGAGAUAGGAAAUUCGAUUAUUACAAGGCCGUCAACGUUUCAUCGUACCACGCAGUUUCAGUAUGGGACGGAAGAAGAAGAAGCAGUCAAAACCUUGGUGCUGGUAUUGUAACAGAGAAUUCGAAGAUGAAAAGAUUUUAAUACAACAUCAAAAGGCAAAACAUUUUAAAUGUCAUAUAUGUCAUAAAAAACUUUAUACAGGUCCAGGUCUGAGCAUACAUUGUAUGCAGGUUCAUAAAGAGACGAUAGAUAAAGUUCCAAAUUCACUCCCAAAUCGAAGUAAUAUAGAAAUAGAAAUUUAUGGUAUGGAAGGAAUUCCAGCUAAUGAUUUGAAGGAACAUGAACGACAGAGAAAUGGCGGUCGACCUGGCUCUCCCAGUUCUGGUGAAGAUGAGCCAGCACCAAAGAAGAUGAAAACCGAAGGCUUAUUAGGUUCAGCGCCUGGAUCAAUAAGUGGCUCUAACAUGAUAUCGCAUGGUAUACCUGGACAUCCAGGAAUGUCCGUGGGUCAAUUUCCACCAUCCAUGCAUCAUGUUAUGGGAUCAAUGGGACACGUAGGACCACCAUUUAUGAGCCCUGGUAUGAUGUCAGGAAUGCAUGGAGUACCUCCUGGAAUGCAACCACCUGUCAGCGGAGCAUCUAUGCCAUCUCGACCUUUAUUUCCUAGUGCCACAGCUGUUUCGUGUGCUGCUUCCACUGCAGCCUCAGCGCCUUUGGGUGCUGAUUUCAAGCCCAUCACAUCUAUAGCAGGUGGUUCCAUAGGACCUGUGAAACCUACAUUUCCUGCUUAUGGAAAUUCUGAUAAUGGAACCUCAACUAGUACCAAUUCUAACGAUUCAAAAGUAAACAUGAUUGCAACGACUGGUGCAUCUAGUAAAAUAAUUCAUCCUCCAGAAGAUCUUAGUCUGGAGGAAAUUCGAGCGAGAUUACCAAAGUAUCAGCGACGACAGUCCGACGAGUCUCGCUCGGCUCAACAAGAGGUAGCGGCUCAACAUGCAGCUGCCAUGCAUCAUCAUCAUCAGCAGCAGCAGGCGCAUCAUCAGCAGCAGCAGCAGCAGCAGCAGCAACAACAGCAGCAACAGCAACAGCAACAACAGCAGCAGCAACAGGCAGCAGCUGCCUCCGCGGUCGCGGCCUUCCAGGACCAACAGCAACGUCAGCAGGCGGCCCUGAAUGCCCUGCAGCAACAGCAGCAGCAGCGUUUCCCAAGGCCACCGCAAGUGAUGGCAAUGCCGCAGGUCUCGGCGGCGAUGCCCGUGAGUUCGGUUGCGCUUAUGGCGCCGCUCAUGCGCCCAACCAUGACACUUGCGGCGCCAGCGCUCAUUCACGGAGGUAACAUGAUGCGACCGCCCCCCAUGGGCCUGCCACCAGGUAUGUUAGGAGCUGCUCUGCCACCGGGUGCAAUGCAUCCGGCUUUCGCCGCCCCGAUGGGCUUUCCAGGAGCGCCGAUGCUGGCUCCAAUGAUGCAUCCGCGUUUUAGAUGAUCGCCCCCAAUCGCGGACGGGCCUUCGACAGCGCCGUUGCACUUUGUGCUCUGGGCUCGGCCCUGAAGCCGAGAAAGAAAUACAUGGGCAGACAUCAUGUUGACGAUGAAAAAGAGAGACAUAGACGAGUAUGGCUUGCCCGCCUUAUCUCACACAC